CCCGCCGUUAAGGAACUGUGGGAACUACAUUACCCGGAAUGCUCCUUCCUUAACGGAAAGACACGGAACCAAUCAUAGCUCAUAACAGGGUCGCUUCCGUGUUUGGACCUAAGAGUUGGGUGGGACUUCCGGCAUCGCUCUUGUGGCGGUCAGUUUACCAGCUCGGGGCUCUGUCCACACUGUCCGAGCUCUGGGAACUCUUGGAUGGGCAGUGGAUGAUGGUGUAAGGCGCGACAGGCGUGUCGUCACCACUGCACAUCGGUUGUACGGAGGGGAGGCGGCGGCGACCGUUUUUCCUGGGUCUCCGCCCUGGUUCCUAGCGCUCCGGGUCUCUCUCCUCCCAGAAUCUGAUGGCGGCGGCCGAGCCAAGGGACCAGGGUCAGGUCCCCAUGUCUACAGAAGUGCGUAUGGACCUCAUGCAGCAGGGCUCUUUGACCUUUGAGGACGUGGCCAUUUGCUUCUCGCAGGAAGAGUGGGGACUUGUUGAUGAGGCUCAGAGACUCCUGUACUUCGGUGUGAUGCUGGAGAACUUUGCACUGACAGCCUCCCUGGGUUGCAAGCAUAGGACAGAGUAUGAAAAGAUACCUCCUGAGAAAAGUAUAGGAAUGCCACAGGUCAGGACUUCUAAGGCAGGUCCAUCUGCACAGAAGAUUCAUCCCUGUGAGAUGUGUGUCCCAGUCCUGCAAGACAUUUUGCACCUAGCCGAUCUACCUGAACAGAAACCAUACUUGGAUGGAGAGUGUGCAAACCUUCAGCACCAAAAGCAUCACAGUGCAAAGAAACCAUUGAAAAAGGACUUUGACAGGGCUUCACACGUGAAGCGCUGCCUUUUCCGCUUGUCAGAGAAGGCGUUCCAAAGCUGGGAGGUUGAGGAGGACCUUCCAGUUGUGUUGGACCUUGUGAAGUCCCUGGCCUUUUCCAACAAGAAGAAGCCUAACGAAAUCACCAAAGGUGGAGAGGACAGUCAAAAAACUCCUACUAAGUUGGAUGAAUGCGGGAACGCUUCCAGCCGUAAGCACACUCCUGUUCACCGCCCGAGAAUCCCCACUGGAAAAAAGCUUUAUGAGUGUAGCAAAUGUGGGAAAGCCUUUCGUGGCAAGUACUCGCUUGUUCAGCACCAGAGAGUCCACACUGGAGAAAGGCCGUGGGAGUGCAGUGACUGUGGGAAAUUCUUUAGCCAAACCUCCCACCUGAACGAUCACCGGAGAAUCCACACUGGAGAAAGGCCAUAUGAGUGCAGUGAAUGUGGAAAAUUAUUUCGACAAAACUCCAGCCUUGUUGACCACCAGAAGAUUCACACUGGAGCAAGGCCUUAUGAAUGUGGCCAGUGUGGGAAGUCCUUUAGCCAAAAAGCCACUCUUGUUAAACACCAGAGAGUUCACACUGGAGAAAGACCUUAUAAGUGCAGUGAAUGCGGGAAUUCCUUCAGUCAAAGUGCUAUUCUUAACCAACACCGAAGAAUUCACACUGGUGCAAAGCCUUAUAAGUGUGCCCAGUGUGGGAAAUCAUUUAGCCAAAAAGCUACCCUCAUUAAACAUCAGAGAGUUCACACUGGAGAAAGGCCUUAUAAGUGUGGUGAAUGUGGGAAAUCUUUUAGUCAAAGCUCCAUCCUUAUUCAACACCGGAGAAUUCAUACUGGGGCAAGGCCCUAUGAGUGUGGCCAGUGUGGAAAAUCCUUUAGCCAAAAGUCUGGCCUUGUUCAACACCAAGUAGUUCAUACUGGAGAAAAACCUUAUGAGUGUGACACGUGUGGGAAUUCAUUUAGUCAGUGUUCUAGCCUCAUUCACCACCAAAAAUGUCACAGUGUGUAGAGGGCUCAUGAAAACAGCACACGUGAAAAAGCCUUCAGCCUAAGAUCCAAUAUUGUUUAUCCCUGACAGUCUACGCUUGAGAAAGGUUUUAGACCUACAGGGAAUGUACUUUGUUUUUCAGUGUUAUGACACUAGAGAGCCUUUGUGAAGGGAGCCAUACUUCCAAACAUCCAGGGAGGUGAAAUUCUCUCAUGAGUUUUAAAUACAGAUGAGGGAAGCUGCACCACGUGUUCUGAACCAUUGAGGGCCCUUGACAGAAUUACAUUACUGCCACUUUGUUAGAAGUUCUCUUCCUUCAGCCACUUUGCAUAAUGUGCAGAAGUCACCCCGACAUGCUGAGGCAAGGCCGGCAUCUGUGCUCAUUCUUUGAAGGAAGUCUUAGGUAACGUGAGCCUUUAGGGAGAAUUCAUUCCCUUUUCUGACUGAAGUCCACAUAUGGUCAAGAGAACCCCAUCUGUGUUUUGCUAGAGGCUUCAGGAAUGACUUGUAGUUUUCAUGGAAGGAUUGUUUUUGUUGGUCUCAUACAACAUUGGCAGUUAAUAUUUCCAGCUUCCAAAUAUCAGUGAAUAGCUGUCAAUAAAUACCUUGCUUUGUGCACUAAUAAAGGCCUUAUUAAAUCUACCUUUAGCAUUUUAGAGCUUGGUUUACUUUAUGGGAAGCCUGGAAAACAGAUUUAAGCCUUGUUUGUAUGAAAGGCUGAACAGCUUUUUUGGGGGGCCUGAAUUUGUCUGCCUCUAUUGGAACAGUAAAAAGAUGGAGUAGUUAUUCUUGUUUUAGCCAAAUUUGCAUUGCUGUCCAAGACUUCCUAGGAAACAGGGCAGGGAUUUUGUUGUCCUAAUUUGUGACUUGGGAGCUUAGCCUCUCUGAGACAAAAGGUCAUCCUGAGAAAGGGACAGCUGUCACUCCGUGUUCUUGUGCUUAUGGGAAUAGGUUGGAUUUGUUCCAUUGGUCCCAGAGGGUGUCACAUGUAAUGCCUGACAUUGUUGAGAAGCUCACUGUAAGGUUCAACUCAGGGCCUUGUGCACUAAUAUCAAUCAGACCAUCAGCUGUGUCAGUCAUAUGACAGUGGGAGCUGGGUGUGAGCCGUCCUUGGUACAGAAAUACUGAACAUGGAGGAGCUUGCCACGAGGCAGAUGGAAUGUGCCUUUCGUAAAAGUGCAUCCACAAAUCUUUUGAGACUGAGUAAUCAUGGCACCUAGAGAUCUCUUGUGUAUCUGGUCAUGUUAUUGUCAGAGAGCGCAGACUUUGUUUUUUUCCUCUGUUUUUCACCUGAAGUCUGUUGCUGUAGAGGCAGGCAUCUGAAGAUCAAGCAGCUCUGUUGUGUAGUGAUGUAUCACUUGUGAUGCAGCCAGUAUUUCUGUUGUCUCAGGUCACUGCACCACUGCCCUUCCUUCACCGUGAAGAUACGAGAUACUGGAAUCAAUACGGGGCUGAAAGAUCUGGUUUUCAAAAACUGGGAGUUAGAUUUUUUUAAACUACUUUCUACAAAAUUUACUGAUGUACAAGUUACAUGUAACUAUGUGUUUGUGUAUAAUUUGAAGAGUUUUGUCUUUUAACUAUGUGAAAUCAUAUUGUCACAAAUAUCUGAUUUACCUCAUACCCUGUUGGAAUAUUUCCCUGCAUUUCUUGUGU